CCCUUGAGCUCAGCGUCUGCUUUUGCAGCCAGCCAUCGUCGCUGCUUCUGCUGCCUGCUCACCGGCCUGGGCUUGCAGCCCGCUGCCACUUAACUUUCUCCAGCUCCUCUGGCCGCCGAGAAGGGCCCUGCAGCUGCUGGUUCCUGUCUGGGACCAUGUGUGAGGAUGCUGCUUGGGAGAAACCGGGCAGUUGUCCCUGGCACUGAUCCCAGCUGAGUUUCUCCUGUUGAUUUCUGGACCACAGAUGCUGCUACUGAGAAGGCAGGCGAGUGUCAGGAUGGGCCGCGCUGCACGAAGCCGAAGCCGUCGCUAGGGCGCGAGGUGUGAAGAGGUGGCCAGGAUGACCAACUCCUCGUCCACGUCCACGUCCUCCACCACCGGGGGAUCGCUGCUGCUGCUGUGCGAGGACGAGGAGGCGUGGGCGGGCCGCCGCAUCCCCGUGUCCCUCCUCUACUCGGGCCUGGCCAUCGGGGGCACGCUGGCCAACGGCAUGGUCAUCUAUCUCGUGUCGUCCUUCCGCAAGCUGCAGACCACCAGCAACGCCUUCAUCGUCAACGGCUGCGCCGCCGACCUCAGCGUCUGCGCGCUCUGGAUGCCGCAGGAGGCGGUGCUGGGGCUCCUGCCCGCCGGUUCCACCGAGCCCCCGGGGGACUGGGACGCCGCGGGGGGCAGCUACCGCCUGCUGCGGGGCGGGCUGCUGGGCCUGGGCCUCACCGUGUCCCUGCUGUCCCACUGCCUGGUGGCCCUGAACCGCUACCUGCUCAUCACCAGGGCGCCCGCCACCUACCAGGUGCUGUACCAGCGGCGCCACACGGUGGGCAUGCUGGCGCUGUCCUGGGCGAUCGCGCUGGGCCUGGUGCUGCUGCUGCCACCCUGGGCCCCGCGCCCGGGCGCCGCGCCCCCGCAGCUGCACUACCCCGCGCUGCUGGCUGCGGGCGCGCUGCUGGCGCAGACGGCGCUGCUGCUGCACUGCUACCUGGGCAUCGUGCGCCGCGUGCGCGUCAGCGUCAAGCGGGUCAGCGUGCUCAACUUCCACCUGCUGCACCAGCUGCCCGGCUGCGCGGCCGCCGCCGCCGCCUUCCCCGCCGCCCCGCACGCGUCCGGCCCCGGCGGCGCCGCG